GCGGUCAAGCUGGAACCAUAAACCAUGAACUACGUUUAGCGGGGAUAAUGCAAAGACCAAAACGUAAGAGAGAAUAGAUAGGUCUGGGUUAUUUUCAUCGAGGAGAAUAAAGCUUUGAUCUUUGAAGAGGGAGGAUCCGUCAAUCUUGCCAUCUGCCACCGCCGUCUUCGAAUACUCACCGAUGAGUAGAGACGUCCCAUGUCGCGACGAGGUACUAUGGGCUUCCAUUCUUAAUGCCAAAGCUUAUGAAGGUGCAAUUAGGGAAAGACAGGGACAGCAUAAAUUCAAAAGCAAGGAGUUGGCAGUUAGAGGUCCAAAGGGGCAUGGUGAUAAUGUGGAUAGAAUAAGCGAACUGCCUGAUGACAUUCUUAUAUCCAUAAUCUCACGGCUCACAUUGCGAGAAGCUAUAGCCACCAGCAUCCUUUCCGCUCGCUGGCGACAUCUCUAUCACCACACUGCCCGCCUCGACUUCCCUUCAUUUUCAGAUACUUUACCUUUUCAUCAGGUGUUGCAUCAAGAAAUUGACAAAAGAUUUUUAGAUUACAUAAAGAUGAUCAACCGUACCUUAGAUUCGUAUAAGGGUAACCACGUGAAAGAAUUCAAGAUUCAUAUGUACAGUUUUGAGGGAGCAAAUAUUGAAAAGUGGCUGGACUUUGUGUUGUCUAGGGGGGUUGAGAGCAUCAGAUUACACAUAGACCAUGUAAUCUUCAACUCGCUUCAAAUUACAAAUUUGUUUGGGAUGAAAUGUGGGACAAGCCUCACGUGCGGACUUAAAGAAAUAUCUCUGAGUAAUGUUCAGGUGAGUGAUGGAGAGGUUCAGCUUUUGCUUGCAAAUUUUCCCCUUCUUGAGACCUUGUCUAUCACAGGGUCUGAUAUGUUCAGAAAUCUCUUGAUUGUUGGCCAUUCUGGGAUGAAGUUGAAGCGCAUUGAUAUAUCUUACGCUGUUCGUAUGAAAUCCAUUGAGAUUCACGGGAUGACUAACCUCGUCAGUUUGACGUAUAUCACAUGCAAGCCUGCUAUUCUACGACUCAGUGAUGUCCCUAAGCUUACAGAUGUCACCAUUGCUCUUUGUCGACACUGCACACUUAGUAGUAUCUUUCAUGAGGUACCAUCUUGCGUACUCAGUCAACUGCUACAACUUCAUAUAUUCCUCGAUCCCAGAACGAUUCCUUACUCAGCUGGCAAUUGUGAAUAUGUAAAUGUGAAACGUCUAACGCUAGCAUAUCGCUCUGAUUAUAGUUCGAUUUCACUAUAUGGUAUGGUUGAAACAUGUCCUUCAUUGGAGGAGCUUGAGAUAAAGUUGCUGCGGAGUUGCCCGUUCAAAGUAAUAAAAUGCACAUGCGGCGAAGGGUUAUACAAUUUUCCGCCAACGAAAAAGUUUUCUCCAAAUUUGAGAAAGUUGAAGCUCACUGGAUAUAUAGGAUGUCCAUGUGAACUGGAAUAUGUUUUGUAUAUCAUAAAGAAUGCUGUGACACUCAAACUAGUGAUCGUUAAGCCAUGUGACCUAUCUCAGGACAUUGCAAUAAUAGUGAAGGGGCGAAUACGGUUGCAUCUUCGACCACAGAUACCAAGCUCUGUGAAUUUGGUUGUCAUUUGAUGAGCUAAUUAGCUGCUUAACUUUACUUUGAAUAGUUUAGAAUUCAGUUAGAAGCAGAUAUUAUUUCAUUUGUUCAUUUUUAAUGUAGCUUUGUAAAGUUCCUUCCUGACAAUACUAGUUUAGGCCGUUGGAAUGUUGGAUGAUAAUCUAUGAGUUUUUUAUACAUGUGUGUUAGAGUGAGUUAGACCGUG